CGGUGUUCUAGUACUGUGGAGUGUUUCCUGAAGUGAUGGGGAUGUGGAACAACAUGACUAGCAGGAUGGAGGACUCGGCCGCAGAUAGCAUGCGUGUCCUGGACUCUGUGAAGGCGGUGGUGCACGCCACGUCCUCUCUCGCUACGGGGUACUUCUGCUACCUCAUCGUUGUCACGGUGCGGCACACGCACGAGCUGCGCUCCAAGGCCUCCUUCCUGCUCCUCUGCCAGCACUGCACCUGCAUCGCCGCCUUCAACGCUACCGGCUGCAUCCUCCACUCCGUCAGGGCCUCCCGCGUCCCCGCGCCACGCCUCUUCUGCUGGCUCGUGUUCGACCUCCAGGUGGUGGCGGCACGCGGAGCAAUGAUGAACCUCACGCUCAUGGCGCUCAACGCCUGUCUGUCCGUGCUGCAGCCGCUACACUACCGGGCGCUGGUGCGCUGCAUUCAGAGGCCCGUCAUGGUGGGGGUGUGGCUGCUGGCGCUGCUCAGCCCCGUGCUGUUCACAGUCCUGGCCGGGGCGCGGCUGGGCUGGGAGGGGGCGCUGGCUCUGGAGGCGGAGUGCUCCACAGCGCUGGAGGGCUGGGCGGCGCGGCUGAGCAGCCUGGCGUUGCUGGGUCUCCUAGUGCUGCUCAUCGUCCUCAGCAACGCCCUGCUCACCAUGGAGAGCUGCCGAGCCGGACACUUCAACAGGUCCAACCGGAGGCUCCGCCGCACCGCGCUGAUCCACGCCCUGCAGAUGAGCUUCCACAUCCUGCCCGGCGUGGUCAUCAUCUCUCGGGUCCGCCUCGGGCUCUUCGCCAGGGUGCUAAACUUCCUGGUGUUCUCUGUGGCCCAGUCGGCCAGUCCCGUGGUGUACGGGCUGCGCUGCCGGGAUCUGUGGGAUUACCUGCCGCGCUUCCUGCCCAGGUGGGCGCUGAGGCUGCGGAGCUGGUACCACACCUUGUCUGCAGGUAACAGCACCAGUAACGGCACCAGUAACAACACCAGUAACAGCACCAGUAACAACACCAACUCGGGUCUGGCUACAGAUGGGGAGGAGGCUGAGGGAGGCCGGGUCAGUAUGGGACCGGGAGAGCACGAGGCUGGGGAGGAGGCUGAGGGAGGCAGGGUCAGUAUGGGACCGGGAGAGGACAAGGCUGGGGAGGAGGCUGUGGGAGGCAGGGUCAGUAUGGGACCGGGAGAGGACGAGGCUGGGGAGGAGGCUGUGGGAGGCAGGGUCAGUAUGGGACCGGGACCUGUACAAGCGAGACCUGCUCUGGGUGCUCGUCAGGAAGGUGAAACACACACAGAGACUCAUGAACUGGACGUGUUCUGA